AAAUGGGUUCAGAAUCUAAGAUAGAGAUUCAUAAUUUUAAAGACGAAGAAGUGGCGGCCCAAGAAGAGAUAUGGAACAUUAUUCUUGGUUUCACUCGCACGGCUGUUGUGAAGUGUGCCAUUGAGCUUGGAAUACCUGACAUCCUCGAGAACCGCGAAUCCCCGAUGACACUUGCUGACCUUGCGUCAGAGCUCAAGUGCUCACAGGCUUCGUUGUAUAGGAUCAUGAGGUUCUUGAUAUAUUAUAAGGUAUUUCAAGAAAAACCCGUAUCCAAAACAUGUGUUGGGUACACUCAAACCCCACUAUCUCGACUCCUAACAAGGAAUGGAAAGCAUAGCAUGGCUGAUUUGGUGCUGGUAGAGAGCACUCCGGUUAUGUUGGCUCCUUGGCACAAGCUAAGUGCUUGGGUUUUGGGUAAUGAAGGCUUACCCUUUGAAGCAGCACAUGGGAAAGAUCUAUGGGGAUUAUGUGCCGAAAAUCCCAGUCAUAGUAAGCUCUUUAAUGAUGGAAUGGCAUGUGAUGCUAGGGCCGGGGUGGCGGCAGUGAUUGGAGGUUGUCCAGAGGUGUUUGAGGGUGUAGGGACAUUGGUGGAUGUUGGUGGUGGUGAUGGAACAGCUCUACGGUCGAUUGUGGAGGCUUGUCCAUGGAUCAAAGGGAUCAAUUUUGAUCUUCCUCAUGUGGUGUCCGUAGCUCCAGUAUCUGUAGGUGUUGAACAUGUUGGAGGGAACAUGUUUGAUCAUGUUCCAAAAGCUGAUGCUGUUUAUAUUAUGAAAGUAUUACAUGAUUGGGCAGACGACGAUUGCAUUGCCAUACUAAGGAACUGUCGUGAGGCGAUUCCUCAAGAUACUGGAAAGGUGAUUAUUGUAGAUGCAAUUGUUGGACGAGAAGAAGAUCACGAGUUCAAAGGUGCGGGAUUGCUGCUUGAUAUGGUCAUGAUGGCUCAUACAAGUGAUGGAAAAGAGCGCACCUCCAAAGAAUGGUCCAAUGUGUUUCAUGAGGCUGGAUUCCCUCGUUAUACCAUAAAACACAUUCGAGCCUAUCAAUCCGUUAUUGAAGUGUACCCCUGAAUCUUGAUCCUCGAUUGUCUGUUCUAAUAAUAAAAGAUUAUGUAACUUAAAUUAAAAUAUGUUAUUUGAAAUACGUUUUAUUUCAAGCGUUAUUCGGUUUUUAUGUUCGUAAUGUUUUCUUGUGCUAUAAUAAAAUAGCGAUUUAUG